UCACUUAAAAGAGUCGACCUAUUAAAACAAGGUGCCGAUUCAUUGGCGUUCACUUAUUAAUAUACUGAGCGCGUGGAGUCGAACAAAUUAGCAAACUUCAGGAUGUGUGACGUGGAGGUCAUAAAGAAGAUGCUGCGUGCCGUGCUGCAGAGCAGUAAGAGCGGCGUGGCGUUGUCACGUGUCCAGGCCGAUUACUGUUCUCUGACUGGAGACUUUAUCCCGCUGGCGCAGCUCGGCUACAGGAACCUCAUGCAGUUCCUCAUGAGUGUUCCUGAUGUGGUGCAGCUCCAACAAUCCCACACUGGAGAGGUGAUAUGCUUUGCAGGGGUGUGUAAAGAAACGGAACACAUCGCCCAGCUGGUUGCUCGGCAGAGGGAAUCCAAGAAAAACCCGCGCCGUUCUCAGCUGCUAAACUGUCACAUGAGACCGAAGUCUUCCUCUCUGUUUAUACGCAGUGCUAAUCCUCGCUCGUCCCUGAGGCAGCCUGGUCACAUGACCUCACACAGCUCCUGGUCACAGACUACAGGCUCACACUUCAGCCCGCGCGAUGACCAGCGACAGGUGUAUAGCACCAAACCAGGCUCCGCCCACCAGGGAAAGGAGCCCACAGGGCCAGUGAUCCAAAAGGCUGCGGCCACUCGGCCAUCCAGCAAGAACCAAAACACAGAGGGCGACGUGGAGCUGUUUCAGAGACGUGUAAAUCAGCUCUUACAGAAAUACAGCAGCGGUGUGUGGCUCUCCAAACUGCCUCAGCUGUACAGUGCCAUGUUCAAUCAGGAGCUUCCCUCAUACACACACACACUGCUGGAGAGCUGGACACAUGUCUGCACCGUGGAGAAGCCGGGUGGUGGUAAAGUCGCAGGGUAUCUGGUUUACCCCACCAAAGACCCAUCUUCAAAACCACACACCCCUCCACACACUCCUCCAUCUGCCCUGCAAAAAUCUUUCCAGAUCCCUAGUACCAGCCCACAGUCCCCAACGUCUCUGACUCUGAAGCCCCAGAGGCCAUUCACCCCUGAGUCCCUGGGUCGCUCCCUGCCCUCCCCUCCGGCCACACCCCCUGCCCCUCUGUCUCAGGAUGUGAAAGAUAAAGUGCGGGAGCUGCUGAGUAAAUACAGCCAUGGCCUGUGGGCUCACGCUCUGCCCCGCCUCUUUAAGGAAGUAUACAGGUGUGAUUUCCCACAGUCGCUGUUAGAUGAUCUCUCUCCUCUGGCCGAUACGUGCACAAUCGAAUACCCCAUGCCGCAGAAUCGUAACAAAGCCAUUUUAUACACCCUGCCCACUGUAAGUGUGCCCUCAAAGCCCCGCCCACAGCCCAAAUCAUGCAUAAUUGCCUACUGUGGCAACCCGGAGGUGCCUCAGCUGUCCCUGCCCAAGGAGGAGUUUCCAUCCGUGCUGGUGAUGGAGGUCAAGAACACCAACAACAUCAUAUGCAGGUAUGUGGGAAAGGAAUAUUCUCAGGCUCUGGAGAAGAUGGAGGAGGACAUGUUGGAGUUUUACCACAACACAGGGGCGGGGCUUAGCUUCACCUGUCCUACAGUUGGUCAGCUGGUUGCGGUUGCCUUGGAUGAGGAGACUGUGCUCCGAGCUCAAGUGCAGCAGAUCAAAGAGAAUGAUGUGAAGGUGUACUUCAUGGAUCACGGUUUCUCAGAGGUGGUUAACAGUGAGAUGUUGCUGCAUCUCACUGAUCAAUUUCUCACACUGCCGUUCCAGGCUACCAGCUGCCAACUCGCAGGUCUGGAGCUCUUUAGUGAGGAUGUGGUGGUGCUGAAGACACUGAAGUUGUUAGCAUGUGGCAGAACAAUGUUGGGUGAGCUGGUGGAUCCUGAGACUCCACCCCUCAUGGUGUUGUACGACACGUCUGACGAGAAGGACGUUAACAUAAACGCUACAUGCCUUAGAGCUCUGCAGGACAAAACCAUGCAGAAUCCACUGCAGGUGAACAGCUCGUACUCUAACGUGUGUGUGACGAAUGUGGGGUCUAACGGCAGUGUGUUCUGCCAGCUUCCAUCACGAGGCCUCUCCAAGCUCCAAGGCCUCAUGGACAAGAUUGAGUCGUACUUCCUGUCUCAGGUCUCAUGGGAGCUGCUGGUGUCUGAGCCGUUUUGUGGUAAAGUGUGUUUGGCACGACACACAGGGAAAUGGGCUCGAGUGGAGAUUACUAACCUGCACGGCAGUCGUGUUCUGGAUGUGGAGUUUGUGGAUUUGGGAUUUCCUGCUUCUGUUGAACUCAGUGAACUGAGAGAGAUUCCAGCAGUGUUCAUCAGAGAACUCCUCACCAUACCGACACAGGCUGUUAAGUGCCGUUUAGCUGAAGUGGACCGAAAUGAAGAAGUCUGGCCCCCAGAUGUUGUGCUGUGGCUCAGAGAGACACUGAUUAAUGCCCCUGAGUGCACAAUGAAGAUAUCUCGUCUGGACUCAGCAGGUCAGGUCCAUGUUUACCUGUUCCUUGGCCCUGAAGCUCAUGAUCCUACCUCCAGCAUUAAUCUGCAGCUCCAGUUAUCCUCUACCUCUGUUUGCCACCCCAUCGCCACCACGGCCCUGCCCCAGUCAGGUGGCUCCUCUCAGAGUUCUGCCUCUCCUGUCAUGCCUCCAGCACUGGAGCUGCCUGAGGAGGGGCAGACUUUAGACGUGUUUGUGUCAGUGGCCUGUCACCCAGGUCACUUUGUGCUACAACCAUGGAAGGAGCUGUACAAGCUGGUUGUGCUGAUGGGGGAGAUGAUCCUUUACUAUAACAGACAGGAGGCCACGCCCAUCACUGUCCAGAAGAACAACAUCUAUGCUGCCAAGAUUGACAGCAAUUGGCACCGUGUCUUGGUGAAGGGCAUGUUAUCAAACUCUCUGGUCUCCGUGUAUGAACUCGAUUAUGGAAAGCAUGAGGUCGUGUACACAUCAGAGCUCCGCCCCCUCAUUAAUGAAUUCAUGCAGUUGCCCUUCCAGGGAAUCACUGCCCAGCUUGCAGGAGUGCCACAUGGCAGCUGGAGCGAGGAAGCUGCCAUCGUUUUCCGCAACCACGUAGAGCGACAGCCGCUGGUGGCGCUGGUCCACUCUGUCCAUCAGGGGGCGCAGCCUUGGGAAAGGAAACUGUCUGUGUACCUGGUGGACACGUCUCAGGACAGCGACGUCUGGAUCCACAACAUCAUGGCUGAGUUCACUGACAAAACUAACAGUGAGGCAUAACGCUGCUCACAUGGUGCUGAACUUAUGUAUACUGUAUAAAUAAGUCACUAAAUAGUAUGUAGACUGUAAAGUAUACCUUAAGUCUCCUGACAUGCUGUUUGAGUGACGUUCUCUCUGGGACACGGACCUGAUAGUUUUAAUGUUCAUUUAUCUAAAAUACUUCUGUGACUUUAUUUAC